UAAGAGAAAAACUAUAAAGGUGACAAAACCAAAACUUUGAUCAACCCCUCUCUCUCUCUCUCAUCUUGCACAGUAAAAUCUCUUUCUUUUCCUUUCAACUUUCAACCUUUCCUCUCUCUCUCUCUCUGGUGCUGUGGUGCCAUGUGCUCGCGUUUCUUGGAUUCCCGAACCAAAUGCAGAACCCCAACCAUCUUUGCGUCACUCUUCUUCUCCCUCUUCCUCACCUCUUCCGCCGCAUGCUUCAACGGGAAUUGCCAGCUUCUGGAAGCAUGUACAGCCGCUACCGAUUGUGGGCCGGGCCUCUAUUGCGGCAAUUGCGCUGCUUUAGGCCGGACUCGGCCCGUUUGCACCAGAGGCCAAGCCACCAUCGUUACAUCUCUCGUGAAUGAUUUGCCCUUCAACAAGUACACGUGGAUCAUGACCCAUAAUUCAUUCAGCAUCGUGGAUGCACCACUUUUGGCUGGAGUUCAAAGACUCACCUUUUACAAUCAAGAAGACACUGUUACUAACCAGUUGAGGAAUGGAGUGAGAGGAUUGAUGUUGGAUAUGUACGACUUUGAGAACGAUAUCUGGCUCUGUCAUUCAUUCCGAGAGCAGUGCUUCAACUUCACGGCCUUUCAACCUGCAAUAAAUACUUUGAGAGAAGUGGAGGCAUUCUUAACUGCAAAUCCGACAGAGAUUGUGACCAUUGUAAUUGAGGAUUAUGUGCGUGCUCCAAAGGGGUUGACUAAUCUGUUCUCAAAUGCUGGACUAGAUAAAUAUUGGUUCCCGGUGUCUGACAUGCCUAAGAAGGGUGAAGAUUGGCCCACUGUAACGGAGAUGGUUCAAGCAAAUCGUCGUCUACUUGUUUUCACUUCGGAUUCUUCUAAGGAAGCUGAAGAAGGAAUCGCUUAUCAGUGGACUUACAUGAUUGAAAAUGAGUCUGGAGAUCCUGGAGUUCAAGGGGGUUCUUGUCCACACAGAAAAGAAUCGAAGGCGCUAACUUCUAGAACUGCAUCGCUUUUCUUACAGAAUUACUUUCCAACAUAUCCGGUUGAAGCUGACUCGUGCAAAGAGCAUUCGGCUCCACUUGCUGAUAUGGUGAACACAUGUUACAAAGCUGCAGGAAAUGUGUUGCCUAAUUUUAUAGCAGUUAAUUUUUACAUGAGGAGUGACGGUGGGGGCAUUUUCGAUAUCGUCGAUAGAAUGAACGGCCACUCGCUGUGCGGCUGCAAUACAGUCUCUGCAUGCCAGGAGGGAGCACCUUUUGGAUCUUGCAAGAAUAUUGCUGUACCUUAUACAAGUCCAGUGACCAACACUGCAGGAAGCUUUACAGGAUCUGUUCAGUUCUCUAGAUCAGCUUCACCUUCUCUUUCUCCAAAUUCCUGCCUUUUCCUCUUCUUUUAUUUCCUCCUUAUUUCUCUUUCAUUGGGAUUGUGAUUAUUAGUACACAACCCAAGUCUAACAAGAGAAGCUUAUAUUUGUCUAUCAUGAAUGAGCUAGUCUUUAAAGAGGGACUUCUGUGAUUUAAUAUGUGCUACUUCCUCAAACUCUGAAAUGCCAUGGAACUGCUUAUAGGUUAGAAAUUAGGUAAAACAAAAUUUUGGAAUUGCUGAGGCCAUAACACGGAUCUGUGAGGUCAUCUAAGGUAGAUGGUAACCAACCAAGAAAGACUAAGAUGCAUCCAUAGCAGUUCAGCAUUUGUACCAAGGUAUCAUUAAUGAAGACAGAAUAGGAAAUUUGCAACAUAGGAUCCGGAUGUGAAGAAGCUCUUGGUCUUUGUUACGGUUUCUUCCGAUUGUAUUCUGACAAUUCUCACUUUUGCAACAUUAAUUAUGCAGUUAGCAAACAUUAAUCACUUAUUUCUUCCUAUUAAUAAUGCC